GCGAUGGGGGAAGCUUUUUUCCGUUGCUGUGGAGCCGUUUGUGUGAUAGGAAGGAGAGUUCCAAUCGGGACCGAAUGGCUGCCAUUUUGCUCGGUGGUGGAGAGAAUGCAGUUGAAAUGGAAGACCUGGUAGAAGAAGAAUUUGCCGUUUCAAAUUCUUCAGAUGCUGAUGCAGCAUUUGAUGCAGUCAUUGGGAACAUAGAAGAUAUAAUCAUGGAAGAUGAGUUUCAGCAUCUGCAGAGGAGCUUCAUGGAGAAGUACUACCUUGAGUUUGACGACUCGGAGGAGAAUAAACUGAGUUACACGCCCAUCUUCAACGAAUAUAUUGAUCUGCUGGAAAAGUACAUUGAGCAGCAGCUGGUGGAGAGGAUACCUGGUUUCAGCAUGAUGGCCUUUACAACAUCACUGAAGCAGCACAAAGAUGAGGUGUCAGGGGACAUUUUUGACAUG